UUUCCACUAGUGUGACUAAGAAGGUAGAACUCUCUGAUAGAACUCUCUGAUAAGAGCUGUUUGCCUAUUGAUGUUGACUGACUACGCAGUGCCAGUUGUCUGUUUCCUGGUGGCUGUACACUUCAGACUUUUACAGGACAAUGGAUAAUACCUACAUACCUAAGCAGAAUGGGAGGCACUCAAAAAUCAGCAAAGUUUUGUUGCUGCUGUUUCUUGCAGGCCUUCAGCCAGUACUGUCUGCAGAUGAACUGACCCCGGAACUAGAUAACACUGCCGAGGAAGAAUGGACAUUGAACAGUACAAUUGUUGGUCCGGACUACGUGACUGUGGGAGUGCCAAGCAGUGUUGCGUGUUAUGCCAGCUGCCUCGCAUGUACCUAUUCCAUGUCUUUGGAUAGACAGGUCGCCCAGGGUCAAGGCAACGUGCUGGCCUUCACUGUUAACAGCUGGGUGGACACCUUAACAGUGACAUGUUCUGUCACAGAUGACAAUGCAAGGCUGAGCACCACUACAAAGAAAAUACAAGUGUUAGCUGGACCUGCCAACGUUUCCAUCACAGGCCCUGAUUUGAUGAAUCCAAUGGUGAGCCACACUUACAGUUGCCACGCCCACUGUUGGCCAUCGUGUACCUACGCCUGGAGGACAGAUGAAGGCCCAUGGAUCAGUGGCCAAGGGAAUGUUAUUUCUAUCACUCCUCAGGAGAUGGACAACUUCAAAAUUCUCAUCUGCAAAGCCACCAAUAGUGUGUCUGGGCUGUUUGUCACUGCUAAUCGAAAUAUUGCUGUGACAAUGGGUCCAUCAGACAUUCAGAUCAAAGGCCCUGAUGUACUAGAUAUUGCUGAAAAGUAUAAGUUUGUGUGUACUUCUGAAUGUCUACCUUCUUGUCGCUACGUGUCGUCUGUGGGCAGUCAGACUGUGAGGGGAAAUGUGAUUGAGGUGACAGUGGAUCAUCCGCUUAAAUCUGUCACUCUCAAGUGUGAAGCACAAAACACUGCUUCAAGGAAGACAGCGACAGUCUUAAAAACCGUACAGAUUAAAGAUCACAACUUAUCCACUCGGCCUGAAGAGACUUCAGGUGUGCUGCUGCUGACCCUCAUCAUUUGUGCUGCCUUCACACUGUGAUCACUGCACACAGGUUUUGCUACGUCCUUUGAAGGAAUUUCUGAUGAAGAAAUGUACUGUGGAGAAGCAGUGAGUCAUUUACCUGUGAUCUCAGCCUGCACAUUAUUCUUUGCCAUUUGUCUAACAUGUUGACAGUGGGCCGAACCCUGUUUGCACUUUCUAGUAAGAGAUGUGGAGAAGCAAUUAAAUACCAACGGGUGCAGGAGGGAGUGUGCACAUGUAAUGUCAGAAUUAGUUAACUUGUGAAGAUAUUCUUAAGAUUCUUGUACACUGAUACAUCUGAAAUCUUGAAAAUGUGCCCAUACAUAAAUAAAAUGCACUGAUGGCUUUUUACCACAAGA